AUGGAGAGAGAGGACAGUUUAUACCGAAACCGAGAAGAAACCCCGUCGUCGUCAUCGAGACAGAAGGACGAAUACGAACGAACGGACGAAGAGAAACGGGAAUUUGUGGAUACCCUGUGGAAUGAUAUCAAAGACGGCGCGCGCGAAUUGGUUUCCCAAGAACCUCUUUUGGGAGGACUGAUUUAUAGCAAAAUAUUGAACCAACCGACGUUCGAGAAGUCGUUAUCGUACGUGUUGAGCUCAAAAAUCGCCAACGCGCAAGUAUUAGCCGGACAAUGGCAAGAGUUGAUGUUCGAAGCCAUGCAAAAGGAACCAGUAAUCUCCUAUUGUGCGGCUACGGAUAUUCGCGCGUGCGUGGAACGAGACCCGGCGUGUCCAAACCCGACGCACUGCUUUCUCUUUUAUAAAGGGUUCCACGGGUUACAGACGCAAAGAGUGAGUCAUUGGUUGUGGGGACACGGGAGAAAACCGUUAGCGUGCUACAUGCAAUCGUUAGUGUCGGAGACGUUUGGGAUGGACUUACAUCCCGCCGCGAUGUUUGGUCGCGGGGUGAUGAUUGACCACGCGACGAGUAUCGUGGUCGGGGAAACUGCCGUCAUCGGGGACGGGUGCACGUUAUUUCACGGGGUCACGUUAGGUGGGACUGGGAAAACUAGAGGCGAUAGGCAUCCAAAGUUAGGCAAACGCGUCGUGGUUGGUAGUAACGCGAGCAUAUUAGGAAACGUAAAAGUAGCGGAUGAUUGUAAAAUUGGCUCGAGCGCGGUGUUGGUCCACGACGUGCCUCCAGGAACGACCAUAGUAGGAACAAAAGGAAAGGUAUUGAGCGGGAAAUACGGAUCAGCUCUCAGGUCGAGACUUUGA